AUGGCUCCCAAGAUUGCUAUCAUCUACUACUCCACCUACGGUCACAUCCGUUCCCUCGCUCUCGAGGUCCAGAAGGGUGUCGAAGCUGCUGGCGGCAAGGCUGAUCUUUUCCAAGUUCCUGAGACUUUGACUCCUGAGGUUCUUGCCCUUCUCCAUGCUCCUCCUAAGUCUGAAGACCCAAUUGCUACUACUGAGACUUUGGAGCAAUACGAUGCCUUUUUGUUUGGUAUUCCCACCCGUUUCGGUAACUUCCCUGCUCAAUGGAAGGCAUUCUGGGAUGCUACUGGUGGUCUCUGGGCUUCCGGUGCUCUUUACCAAAAGUACGCUGGUGUUUUCGUUUCUACUGGCACUCCCGGUGGUGGCCAGGAGGUCACUGUUCUUAACUCAAUCUCUGUCUUGACCCACCACGGUAUUAUCUACGUUCCUUUGGGCUACAAGAACACCUUUGGUCUUCUUACCAACCUUGAGGAGGUUCAUGGUGGAUCUCCUUGGGGUGCUGGUUCUUUUGCUGGCGCUGAUGGUUCUCGCCAGCCCUCUGCUCUCGAGAAGGAGGUUGCCCAGAUCCAGGGUAAGACUUUCUACGAGACUGUCUCCAAGGCUUUUUAA